GCGCACGCGCACGAGGGGGCCUCCGCCAUGGCGACAGUGCUGUCCAGGGCGCUCAAGCUCCCGGGGAAGAAGAGCCCAGACCUCGGGGAGUAUGACCCUCUUACGCAGGCUGACAGUGACGAGAGUGAAGAUGAUCUUGUGCUUAAUUUGCAACAGAAGAAUGGAGGGGUCAAAAAUGGGAAGAGUGCCUUGGGAGAGGUGCCCGAGCCGGACUCAGAUGCUGAGGCUGCAGGGGCUGCAAAGCCACAUCUUUCAGAAGUUGUCCCAGAGGGGUACCCCUCGGAACCCCUUGGGGGCCUGGAGCAGAAGGCCACCUCUUCACUGGUGUCCUAUGUACGCACAUCUGUCUUCCUACUGACAUUGGUGAUCUCCAUGGUCUUGGUACUUCUCUGUGCUUUCCUCAUUCCCUGCCCCCCGAGAGACCUGCACAGCACAUGGAGCCGUCGCUUAGGCUCCCAAGGAGGCCCUUUUUGUUUUAUUAUGUGUGCUCCAGGCGGGGACCUGUCUCCGUUGGAGCUGGCUGACGUGAACGGAGAUGGCCUUCGGGAUGUACUUCUCUCCUUUGUGACAUCCAGGAAUGGGACUGAGGGAGGUGACUCACAACCAACUGCAGACCUUGUGUGCCUUUCCGGGAUGAAUGGAAGUACACUCUGGUCUAGUCCCCUCCCAGAGGAGGCUCAAGAUGUCACAUGCUUGGAUCUGAUGCUGGGAAGUGUGACUGAAACCGUGUGCCUCGUGACCGGGACACGCAAGAUGCUCCGCGCGUUCAAUGCCACAUCAGGCAAAGCCAUCUGGUCUCUAAACCCGAACUACCUGUCCAAUGGCACCUUGGCUGCCCCAGUCGUGGUGCUGCCGGACUUGGAUGAGGAUGGUGUCAGAGAUCUCGUGGUGCUGGCCAUUGGGGAAAUGCAGCCAGAUCUGUGUUUUCUCCUGGUGUCUGGCCGGACAGGAAGUCCAGUGGGCCGACCUGUGAAGUACAACAUCGUGGGAGUGGGGAAUCUGAUUGGCCCCCAGGUUUACAUCACUGCCAGUGGAGCGGUCUACAUCCUGUUUGGCUUUGGAAACAUACAAGCUGUCGCCCUGCGGGACAUUUUUGUUCAGGCCCAGAAUCGAGACAGCUCACCACCUUCUCUGCAGAUCGAAGAACCAGGAUGGGAGAAGCGAAGAUCUGUCAACCUGUCUGAGCUCAUUGAUGUUUACAGCGAUGGAGUUGAGCUUCUCCAGAUGGUGAAGGCACCAGAUUCCAACUGCAGCAACCUCCUGAUCACAACCAGACAAGGCCUGGUCCUGCUUCGGGGGCAAGAUCUUACGCCUCACUGGAAGCUGAGCCUGCAAGGCCUGCGCAGCCAACCUGCUCCUGGGUAUUUCACUGAUGACCAGACAUUAGAUUUCUUUCUGCAGAUACAGGAUGGAGUUGGAAUGAAAAAGAUGAUGUUGGUAGACGGUGCUUCUGGCUCUGUUACUUGGAGUUACAGUGUUCCAUGUCACAUGAAAGAAACACCAACCACUUCAGCAAUUACUUCAGACCGGAAGUCAGUCUUCCUUUUCUGGGCAGAAGCGCUGUCAGUUGCAUCUCCCAGUUCUGAUGCCAUCCCAAGAGCUGAGUCCCCGGACCUUUACCAUCUUUACCUCCUGCACCCAGCCUUCCCCUCUAUCCUCCUGGACCUGGCCAAUGCUACUGGCAUAGUGACAGCUUCAGAGGUUGGAAUCAACGACAUCUGGAAAGAUGCCUUUUAUGUUACCAGGACAACAGGGCCCAGCCCUGAGGGGCAUUCCACAUCUCUGGUGGUCAGCAAGCUUAGUCUGCGCUGGGCACUCAUGGAGGGCCAGAUGGUCCAGCUGAAGGAGACCACCCCGAAAAUUGGCCGUGGAGAGCUGCGAAGAUUCCUGUCCAGGAUAAAGUUUGUUGAUUCUCCCUACCAGAUCUAGUGUGAUGGAAUCUUUCAGAAGAACUGAACUGAGUGGGUCCCGUCUCUCCUGUCCAUGUAAAAUCAAUUCUCUGGAGAGAUGACUUCAGGGUCAUUCAGCACUGAUCACUGCACUUUGGGAGCCUGUUGGAGCUCUUUGAUAACAGCAUGACCCAAUUAGCUGGGGUAUCUUACUACCUUCCCAAUCCCUGCAUUAACUCCCUCUAGGAACUCUGUGUGGAUAGUUUGGGAAUGUGAAUCUCAUAGGUGUUUUAUUUUUUUGUACAUCUAAUUUAUAUUCUCACUGGGGAAAUCCAGUGGUCUCUAAGCAGGACAUUGUUUUUACAUUAUGACGCGAGGUGUGUGUGUGUGUGUGUGUGUGUGUGUGUGUGUGUGUGUGUUAUGAUAGUGUUAUUUUCAAGCUAUGCCCCAAGCUUCAGGGAUUCCAUUGUUUGACCUGAAAUUCAUCUGGUUCGGUCAUCUUGAUGCGUCCAGAUGGCCUACCUCUGAUUCUGAGGAUCACCCAUCAUUCUCUGCAUUCCUUCCACCUAUUCUGUGACUCCUCCUCAGCUACAGAUUAAAAAAAAAAAACACUGGAAGCGGACUGAGUCAUCAGGUCUUUUCAUCGCCCUUUUCCUAGACUGUCCAUUUAUAUUUUAAACCUGCUUCUAUCACAACGGGAUCAAGAGAGGGUUUUGGUGACUGUCCUUUGACCAGGUCCCUAUGUUGUACCCUAUGAGUUUUUGAUGGCUCUGCAGCUGUGAUCUUUGCUCUACAGUAGUUACCGAAGGCUCUGUGCGCACUGUCCUUCACUCAAGCGUUGGAAGAAUCCCAUGGCCUUGUCCUGGCUGCAUCUCUGCUCUGCUGCCUCAGCACUUUCUCUAGAGCAUCCUCGUCAUCUCUUUCCCCUUUGCUUUCUCUUUUAUUCAGGGAUAUGUUUCUGGACUUUUGCUUCUUGAAGUCUGGUAUGCAACUAUUUUGCCCUGUACUCUUCCUUGUGGAGCCUUUGAAGCAUUAUAUUCUGAGAAAAUUCUUAUGUAAAUACUGUAACUUUUAUAAUGAUUAUGUUCUUUAGAAUUAUCUCUACCACUUACUUCCCCCUUCUCCUGUAUAGAUUUGUGGCCUUUAUUAAGUUUGAUUCUCCUCAAUUUCUAGGUCAUUGUCUAAUAUGCCAAAUAGUCCCAUGGUAGCCAAUGGAAAACGUACUUUUCUUCCUGAGUAAUUUUGAUAACUUGUUCCUCAAUGAAAACUAGGUUUUCUCCUUACUUGGUUUUGCAUUUUUUAAGCUUGUGUUAAUGAAGAAACCCCAGAACACUGCAGAUCCCAGAUCUAAGGGGAUAUCUAUGAAUUGUCCACUGAUAGGUGUUACGGUUUGACAGGAAGUUGGUAGCCGUUUAUCCUGCAGAUUGGCCUUACCAGGCUUAUUGGCCCCUCUGUCUUAAGACCCUAAAAGUAUACUUGGUUUCAACAUUUGGAAGUCAUGUGGGGACAAGCUUAGCUUUGGGGAAGGGGAAUAGUUCAGAGGUACGUGGAGUCUGGAGAUUAUUCUAGAUUCAUUUCUAGGAAGUUGAAUUUCCUUAGGUAAAAGGGGGUAGGCUACAGUUUGGCUUAUAGACUUCUGAGUAGUCUAUAGUGGACAGAAGUGACAGUUGCAUGGUCAGGCCUAGGUCCUAUGGCCUAGGCGAUCCCCCUAGACAUGAUGUGUUCUCUGCUGUGUUGAUACUCUGGGAAGCCAGCCAGUGUAGGAAGCAGUGAAUGCAAAGAUGCCCAGUGAAGAUCUGUUGGGUGGGAUUGUUUGGGGGCAGAGCACUGUGUUUAUGUAGGCUAAGUCUCAGAUAUGAGGAAGCUCAGACAGACAAUAUCACAGAAUUCUUGGUGUUUAGAGAAAUACAACCUUUCCUUAUUAGAAGCUCGGAUCUCUUCCUUGUUAAGUGCAGUGAAAACUCUAGGCUUACUUCCUGCCACAGCUUGUACAGAAAGGUGGCUGAGGAUUGAGGAAACUUCAUCUGACCAGUGUGGGUGCUGGUCUCCUAUCAGAUGCCUCCCUAAACUUCCUGUUCUUUGUGGACAGCUGCCUACCCACAUAUCCAAGAUUUGAAGCACUCAACAUGGUGCCAGCAAAACUGACAUGACUACUGCUUAGAAGUAGUCAUCUGCUCUUCAAACGCAAGGGUCUUCCUUCCUCUCAGCCUCUCCUUUCCUUCCAAGUCCUCCCCUCUGCCCGCCACAACAUCUUCACCAGUCUCAAAGAUGUGGUGUGGUGAUACUAGCUAACCCCAGGAAUGUGAACUGCUGUCCAUGUCCUUAUGAAAGAGGAGCCAGCUGGUCUGUUGUCAGAAAGCACUGUUUGAAAUGUGAACUGUAACAGAACAAAUAAAUGCUGUGUACAGGAAUA